GCUCUUGUCGAUGCAGAGUUGCAUGACAUGUGUGUGUGUGUGUGUGUGGGUGUGUUUUGAUGGUGCGGGGAUGACAUGGUGCAGUGAAUCCUUGCUGCUUUUCGCCGUACGUCCUGCAAACAAGUGUGUGUGCUCUGCAAACGGAAAUUCAAAACGCGUUUUUCUGAAACCCAAAAUUGGGUAUUUGGGCGGAAGGCGCGUAACCGGAGGAGGGGGCUGGGGGGAUUGACUUAAGCGACAAAAUAACCCAAAUCUCUCAAACUGUAUUUUCGUCUUGUUUAUUCUCUCGAUUCGUUGGACUGUUGGGAAAACGACAGCAAGCGGAAAGGAAUUGCCAACUGCCCAAGCAGUGACUGUCAUAGAGUCGCACAUACGACCGUUGUUGGCGUGACUAACUUCUUACUCAUACACCUGCUUUGCGCUCACGGAUCCCUUUCGGCAUCGGCUGUGCCCUCCGCACUUGUUACUGGAGCCGUUUGAGACAAACCACUGCGGACACUAAAGACACCUACACUUUCUCUUGGUCGUUGGACGGACAACGAUAAUUGCGGCAGGCUCGCCUCACCGCCACUCCUUGUCUGACUUGAUCUUGAUUUGUAACCAACAUGGCGUCGGAACAAUCAUCGAACGCAGUCGCCAUUCCCACUCCGUCUAAACCUCUCCCGCUAACGCCAAACAGCAACGCAUCUUUGAACCUUGCAAAGUCAGCGCCGUCACGAUUCCAUCCCGACACAUUGUCAUUUUCGGAACAACACCAAGAACAACCGCAACAACUCGUUCCUCCCCUAACCGUCCGCUUGCAGCUUUUUCCGCACUCUGACCGACCAGCUCACCACUCGCAUCAGCAUGACCGCCAUCAUCACCACUACACAGCCUUUUCAUUCACCCCGGUUGAAAAAGACUUGUAUCCGGGGGGAAUUAUUCGUAUUGGUCGAAAGGUGGACAGGCAUCAUGUUGGACGGGAGAAGACUCGCCGAGGAGACAAGAGCAACAAUGUUGCUGAUGGCGAAGAGGAAAUGGAAUUUGUGAUAGGGUCGCCGCCCGUUGCGGAAUUGAUGGAUGAAAUGGAAGUGGAUCGUGAGACGAGCGAGAAUUCAUCACAAGAACCCGGGGAAACGAUAAAGAGAAGAGCAGAGUUUAUAGCAUUCCGAAGCAAGGUUGUCAGCCGAACACAUGCCGAGCUUUGGGUCGGAAAGGAUGGACAGGUCUUUUUUAGGGACGUGGGAAGUUCUUCCGGAACCUUUCUAAAUCGUCUUCGGUUAUCUCCAAGUGGGAAGGAAAGCAUUCCUUACAACCUUAAAAACGGCGAUGUGGUCCAGUUGGGAGUUGAUUAUCAGGGAAGACAAGAAGAGAUUUACAAAUGUGUCAUGAUCAAAAUCUUUAUAACUGUCAAAGUUGGGUACAAACCCAAGCUGAAUCCGCACAGACUCCGCCUUGCAGUCAAGAACCUGGUUAUAGCAAUGAACCCGAACGCUGACUCGUCAGAUCCAUCGACACAUGCCGAAGCGUCAACCGAUUGUUGCAUUUGUCUGUGCUCAAUAUCUCCCUUCCAGGCCUUGUUCCUUGCUCCAUGCUCUCAUUGCUUCCACUACAAAUGUGUCACACCUCUUUUGGGAUCCGGCGUCAUGUUUUUGUGUCCCAUGUGCAGACAGGUGGCAAACCUUGAGGCGAGCGUUGCAGAGGCGGAAAACGACGACGAGUGGGAGAACCCUGAAGAGGAGAUUGGCACCAACGGGUCGGGUAUGGAGCUAACGGUAAACGGACAAGCAAGCGGAUCUGCGUCGGGAAGACCGCGCUCCGUGCGAUCCGUGUCUGGUAAACCGAGUCAGGCAGACAUGGACUCCCGCAUAAAACAAAUAUUAUCAGAAGCUGAUACUCCUGUACCUCGCGUCACUGCUAACGACCUGGAUGCGUUGCUGUCAGAUGGAGAAGGGACGUCCGAUCCGGCAUCUACUACAAACGGUCCUGUGGCGGACGUUGUUGGAAGUCCACCAGACUCUUGGGGCAUCACGCUUGCACGACCAGGAAAGAGUUCCCGAGGAGUUGGUGCCCCGGUCCCAAUACAACGAAGUGGAACCAAGGUCAAUCAUCGUUUCCGUACCAGUCCAGACUCACCACUUCCUGUCCUCCCCUCUGGGCUAAGCCGCGAAGGUGACCGCAAAGGGGGGCUUGUUGGGGAUGUGCCAGAGAACAUUGCUGCAUCCUUGAUCGGGCAGUAUGCCGCAGUCAUGGAUGCAAUUAUUGCCAGUAUACCCAAGGGACCAGAACGAGACGAAGUGAAACGCAAAGUGGCUGAAUUAGAAGCACGAAGUACGGAUGUUUUAAACGGCGUAAAAGCCAGUGCAAGUACAGGAAAAGGAAAGCAGAAGGCUGGCAUGGGGGAAGGGAGUAGUGACGGUGAUGAGGAGGCAUAGAAGGAUAACUGUAAUGUAGAUAUUCGGGCUUUGUCGGAAUUGAUUAGAUUUUUUUCAUGAAUAUAUGUUUGGUUUUCAAUAUA